GGACAGCUGGCACCGGCGGCGGCGGAGGGGCCGGAGGCGGCGGCCGCGGCGGCCCGGAGCGAGCCGGGGUGCAGGGAGCCGCAGCAGCCGCCGCCCAAGCAAGGAAGAAACCUAAGGAAUCUCGGCCCACUGACCCUUCCUCACUUUUGGAAAUGGCGGGUGAAAUCACAGAGACCGGAGAGCUCUAUUCUCCUUAUGUGGGGCUGGUGUACAUGUUUAACCUCAUCGUGGGCACAGGUGCGCUCACCAUGCCCAAGGCUUUUGCCACCGCGGGGUGGCUCGUCAGCUUGGUCCUGCUGGUGUUCCUGGGCUUCAUGAGCUUUGUGACAACUACCUUCGUGGUAGAGGCCAUGGCAGCAGCCAAUGCUCAGCUCCGCUGGAAGAGAAUGGAAAACCACCAGGAGGAAGAAGAUGACGACUCCUCCACAGCCUCCGACAGUGAUGUCCUUGUCCAGGACAACUAUGAGCGGGCAGAGAAACGGCCCAUCCUGUCAGUGCAGAGACGUGGAUCUCUGAACCUUUUUGAAAUCACAGACCGGGUGGAAAUGGGACAGAUGGCCUGUAUGUUCUUCAAUAAAGUGGGGGUCAACUUGUUCUAUUUCUGCAUCAUCAUUUACCUGUACGGGGAUUUGGCCAUCUACGCUGCCGCUGUCCCCUUCUCCCUCAUGCAGGUGACCUGCAGCGCCACUGGCAACGAGUCCUGCGGUGUGGAGGCCGACACCAAGCACAACGACACUGACCCCUGCUGGGGGCCCCUGCGCCGUGUGGACGCCUACCGCAUCUACCUGGCUGUCUUCACUCUUCUCCUUGGACCCUUCACCUUCUUUGACGUCCAGAAGACCAAGUACCUGCAGAUCCUGACCUCCCUGAUGAGAUGGGUUGCUUUCGCCAUCAUGAUCGUGCUGGCCCUGGUCCGCAUCGGGCACGGGCACAGGGAGGGCCACCCGCCCCUGGCCGACCUCUCCGGGGUCCGGAACCUGUUCGGCGUGUGCGUCUACUCCUUCAUGUGCCAGCACUCCCUGCCGUCCCUCAUCACACCUGUGUCCUCCAAGCGCCACCUCACGCGCCUGGUCUUCCUGGACUACGUGCUGAUCCUCUCCUUCUACGGCCUCCUGUGCUUCACCGCCAUCUUCUGCUUCCGCGGCGACAGCCUCAUGGACAUGUACACCCUCAACUUCGCGCGCUGUGACGUCGUGAGCGUGGCCGCCGUGCGCUUCUUCCUGGGCCUCUUCCCCGUCUUCACCAUCAGCACCAACUUCCCCAUCAUCGCCGUGACCCUGCGCAACAACUGGAAGACGCUCUUCCACCGCGAGGGGGGCACGUACCCCUGGGUGGUGGACCGCGUGGUGUUCCCCACCAUCACCCUGCUGCCCCCCGUGCUGGUGGCCUUCUGCACCCAUGACCUGGAGUCCCUGGUGGGCAUCACGGGGGCCUAUGCAGGCACGGGCAUCCAGUACGUCAUCCCUGCCUUCCUGGUGUACCACUGCCGCAAGGACACCCAGUUGACCUUGGGCUAUGGGACCGUCAACAAGCACAGGUCCCCUUUCCGCCACACCUUCUGGGUGGGCUUCGUGCUGCUCUGGGCUUUCUCCUGCUUCUUCUUCGUCACCGCCAACAUUGUCCUCAGUGAGACCAAGGUCUGAUGGCGGAACGUGUCUGGUGGUAAGAGAGGUGGGGGCUGCACUCUGGCCCCCCGAUUCACCUUCCCGCCUGCAGAGCCAAGAUCUAGUUCCUUCCCAGGGUUCCUGGGGGCAGGCGAGACCGGACUCUGGGAGGAGGCCCUCCACACCUCCAGCUGGAGGUCUUCUCCCCGGCCAGGAUUCCGCACCGCGCCUCCCUCGCCGGGCGGCCCUCCUCCCAAGCCCUCCUGCGUGGGGCUUCCCCUGGCCAGCCAGGCUGCACGACCCGGGCAUGCAGCUGCCCGGAUUCCAGGUUCGGCUUCUGCUUGACGCACAGGCCCCACCACGACAACCAUGGGGGCAGGCUCCUUCCCCGUACGGUGGGGACGCAGUGCUGGCACUGCCACUAUUUAUACCAGACACCAUGUCCCCUCCUCCUUUGUCCCAGUCCCUCCUGCAUCUGUGUCUGGGGAAUCUGCUCCACUAGUAGCUGCUGCUGCCUCAGGGCGAGUCCCAGGCCCUAACCCUCCUCCCCUGGGGCUUGCCAGUGACAGGCAGGUCCCACCUUCCCCUCAGGCCUGGAGUGGCCAGGUGCCACGCCCAGGGGGACGGGUGUGUUUCCAGCCCCCACAACAAGAACAGGAAGUGCUAAUCGGCACCAGGGUCCCCGGACUGUAGCUGAAUGGGGCCCUUGGCUGUGGCUGCCAGCGCCCGUCCUGAGCUCCUGAGCCCGUGAUGACUCGGAGCCACAGGCAGGAGCACUCCUUCCUCGGCGUACAGCAGCCCGGCAGACCAUUUAAAGCCCAGAGCCUGUGACCCCUCAGAGGGAUCCUCUGCUCUCCUGACUGCCCCACUGGGGCGCACAGGGGCUCCUGCGUGAUGGGGGGUGGUGUAUAAGGACCACUAAAGGGAGCCACCCCAAGCCACCAUCGCGGUGGCCUGAGAGCACCACAGCCAUGCAGUGGUGGGCAGGCUCUGCUUCCAACCCUAUAAGAGGUCAGGCCUGUGGGGCGGCAGCAAGCUUGGCUGACCCUGCUCCCGCUCCAGUACUAAGGGUGGCUCCCUUUUGAGCCAGGCUGUGGGUGCUCUGUUCAUACUUUCCAUGACCCUUGGGUGCUGUGGAGCGAGAUGGGGCACCAGCCACCAUUCUCAUGGAAGAAGGCGAGGGUUUCUGGUCACCUCACCAGCUCUUCCGUCGUCCCAUCCCUGUCACAAUCAUGCAUGCGUCUGCUGGGCCAGCCUUCUUUGGAAACACAGGUGACUGGGGAACUCUGCAUUUUCAAUGUGCCUUCUGCUUCAGGACCUGGGGGUCCUUCCUGACCCUUCCUGGCGUGCCCCCAGCCCAGGGCCUGGCCCACCUGUCCUGGAGCCCAGAGCAGCUUGACCCAGAGCUGCCUGUCUGGGGUGGGGUCUCAGGUCCCCAACCCCCACUCCCCCCUUUGAUUUCAGUGCCUUGCUCAGCCCACUUUCGGGAACCUUCCAGCCUCCCCUGCAUGGCCUGGUAUUCGUACCUUGGACAGAGCAACCACGCUGGCUCUCCUGGGGCCCCUGAUGGUCUCAGAGGGAGUGGGAGGAAGGCCUGAGAUUUGUAGGAACUGGGCAGUCCACAGGCGGUGCCACCCCUCGCCCUGGCUGCCCCAGCCUGUGAGAACCCCAGGUCGCACGUGAUUGGCCGUGGUCUGCUUUCUCACUGUUGUCACACAUCUCUUUAUCCGUCCCCAAGUAUUGUGAUUUUUCCAUCCAUGUGAAAAAUAGACCACCCCUCCCCAUCUGUCACCGCGGCUUCUUCCCAGGAGACCCCACCCCGGGCAGAGCAGGGAGGGCUCCUGGAUAGCAGACACUCCAUGGCUCCAGCCCUACCUGGAGCUGCCCAGCUGUUUGCUGAAAACUCAAAACAUCUGUACUUACCCUCCUCUAGUUACAUCCCCUCUUGCUUAAGGACAAAGCAAAUUAAAUCAUCUUGCUGCCCCAGGCUCCAAACCAAAUAUUGGCCGUGAGUUUAUUAGCAUCAUAAAGCCCAGGUUGAUUUAUGUGACAAUCUGGAGCCACAUGGCAGUGCAGUCGGGUGGCUCCAUUCCCCUCCUCCGAGCCAGGCAGCCCGGGCCCUGGAGGGAGGGAAUUGGCCCCAGGUGGCUGCAUCGCUGACGGCGAGGGUGAGCCAGGCCACUCCCCACUGCCACUGUCUGGGCUCCUUUGCUCCUCAGUGUUCACCUGCUGUCUGACCUGCUGGAGGUUGGAUGGGGUCACGUUCCGCUCUCCUGCUGAUAGCUGGGGUGGGGGGGGCUGCCGACAGCUAGACAGACCCCUGAUGAUGCUUGUUCACCAAGUGCAUCGACCAGGCUUGGCUGCAAGUGCUUACACCAGUGUGGUGAGGUGGGCGAGUUGGAUCUUGAUUCCUGUUUUACAUCUGGGCCUCCCAGGGUCAGUGGCAGGGAGGGCAGAGGAGACCACCAGCCCGACCUGGCCCUCGUACAGGUGUCACUGUGGAGGAGCACAUAAACUCAACAGCCUCCACAUGCCUUUCACCCAGCCUGGCCCCAAGGGCAGGCUAGGCCACGGUGGGAGUCGCGUUCCCUCCGGCCGGGGUGCCACCGGCUCCUGCCCCUACGGCCAGAGAGGUGGCUGCAGGCUUAUGGAUGGGGCAGAUGGCAGGUGACAGGGCUGCGAGGCACUGCUGAGUGGUGGAAGGUGGGCAGCGGGCACCUCGCCAGGCCCUUAGCUACACAGCUGUUCUCACCACCUGGGGGCCAGGAGCAGCCUGGGCCUCAAGCAGGCUGAAGUCACAGUGGGGACGAGCCCGGCAGGUCCAGGCCCUCAGGCCGUGUGCCCAUAGAUUCCCCGGGGAAGGGCUGACCCCAGCCUGGCCAUGCUCACAGCCACUGCAAAGCUGUUCUUCUGAAAGCGAGAUCCAGGACUGCAGGAGAGAGCUUUGCACACCUUCUCCCACGGAGCUGGGGUUCACAGUGUUGGUGGGAGAAAGAAUAGCAGCCCCCCGAGUGCCUGGUCUGUGCUGGACACGGUGCUGGCUGCUGUCCGCAUGAACCUUGGCAUCAUUUGGGGAUUGGGAACGUGGACCGAGACGUCGGACCUGCCCCUUGCAGGCGGCGAGCCUCCACGCUCCUCCCCGUCAUUCAUAACGUGGAGGUGAUAGUGCCUGCACCGCUGACCGGUUGUGGGACCUUCAGUGCUGAGCUUAGUGCCUGGCACAGAAGUGCUCAAUAAAGCUAUUACGUACGGAU